AGGGCGCCAGCGGCCGGGGUGCCUUCUACAUUCCCGCUCUUCCCUCCCACAAAGCCUGCGCCAAGUAAUUUUAGAAGCGGCUGCUGUGACCUCAGGGCCUUUCUCUCCGGCUUGACGCCCUCAGGGGUCUCGGUUUCUCCGGUUGCCGCCUUUCCGGAGAGGGAAAUUUAUGUUCUGAGCGUGACUACUUUAAAGGGAGCAGCGUUUUCUCCUUGGUUUGGCCCUGGAUGUCCCCUCGCAUGGGUGCUAAGAGAUGGAGCUCCUGGGUUUCAUCUCCAUCUGAGAGUCUGGGUGCUCCAGGCAGUGGAAGCCGAGUCUCAUCCUAGGCUCCUGGCUUGAAUCAACCUUCACUGCAGCCACUCUGGGCCAGUGGCACUGCAAAACUGCUCGGAUUCUCUUAAUGAUGGGUAUUGGCAAGAACACUACAUCCAAAUCGAUGGAGGCUGGGAGCUCCACGGAAGGCAAAUAUGAAGAUGAAGCAAAGCACCCCACCUUCUUCACUCUUCCGGUCGUGAUCAAUGGAGGGGCCACAUCCAGUGGGGAGCAGGACAAUGAAGACACGGAGCUCAUGGCAAUCUACACUACAGAAAAUGGCAUCGCCGAGAAGAGCUCUCUCGCGGAAACCCUGGACAGCACUGGCAGUCUAGACCCCCAACGGUCAGACAUGAUCUAUACCAUAGAAGAUGUUCCUCCCUGGUACCUGUGCAUAUUUCUGGGGCUGCAGCACUAUCUGACCUGCUUCAGCGGCACUAUCGCAGUGCCCUUUCUGCUGGCCGAUGCCAUGUGUGUGGGGUAUGACCAGUGGGCCACAAGCCAGCUCAUCGGGACCAUUUUCUUCUGCGUGGGAAUUACAACUUUGCUGCAGACCACGUUUGGAUGCAGGUUACCCCUGUUUCAGGCCAGUGCUUUUGCAUUUUUGGCCCCUGCUCGAGCCAUCCUGUCUUUAGAUAAAUGGAAAUGUAACACCACAGAUAUUUCAGUUGCCAAUGGAACAGCAGAGUUGUUGCACACAGAACACAUCUGGUAUCCGCGGAUCAGAGAGAUCCAGGGUGCCAUCAUCAUGUCCUCAUUGAUAGAAGUGGUCAUCGGGCUCCUUGGCCUGCCUGGGGCUCUGCUGCGAUACAUUGGGCCGCUGACCAUUACGCCCACAGUGGCCCUCAUCGGACUCUCUGGUUUCCAGGCAGCUGGAGAGCGGGCUGGGAAGCACUGGGGCAUCGCCAUGCUGACAAUUUUCCUAGUAUUACUAUUUUCUCAAUAUGCCAGAAAUGUUAAAUUUCCUCUCCCAAUUUACAAAUCCAAGAAAGGAUGGACUGCGUACAAGUUACAACUUUUCAAAAUGUUCCCCAUAAUCCUGGCCAUCCUUGUGUCCUGGCUGCUCUGCUUCAUCUUCACAGUGACUGAUGUCUUCCCUCCUGACAGCACCAAGUAUGGGUUCUACGCGCGCACAGAUGCCAGGCAGGGCGUGCUGCUGGUCGCCCCCUGGUUUAAGGUUCCAUACCCAUUUCAGUGGGGGCUGCCAACCGUCUCUGCCGCCGGUGUCAUCGGCAUGCUCAGCGCUGUGGUGGCCAGCAUCAUUGAGUCCAUCGGUGACUACUACGCCUGCGCCAGGCUGUCCUGCGCCCCGCCACCUCCCAUCCAUGCAAUAAACAGGGGGAUUUUCGUGGAGGGUCUCUCCUGUGUUCUCGAUGGCAUAUUUGGUACUGGCAAUGGCUCUACUUCAUCCAGUCCCAACAUUGGCGUUUUGGGAAUUACAAAGGUGGGCAGCCGCCGGGUGAUCCAGUAUGGUGCCGCCCUCAUGCUUGGCCUGGGCAUGAUCGGCAAGUUCAGUGCCCUCUUCGCGUCCCUGCCGGACCCAGUGCUCGGAGCCCUCUUCUGCACGCUCUUUGGAAUGAUCACCGCCGUUGGCCUGUCCAACCUGCAGUUCAUUGACUUGAAUUCCUCCCGGAACCUUUUUGUGCUUGGAUUUUCCAUCUUCUUCGGGCUCGUCCUUCCAAGUUACCUCAGACAGAACCCUCUUGUCACAGGUAUAACAGGAAUAGAUCAAGUCUUAAAUGUUCUUCUCACAACUGCUAUGUUUGUAGGAGGCUGUGUGGCUUUUAUUUUGGACAACACCAUCCCAGGUACCCCAGAGGAAAGAGGAAUCAGGAAAUGGAAGAAAGGCGUGAGCAAAGGAAACAAGUCGCUCGAUGGCAUGGAAUCCUACAACUUGCCGUUCGGCAUGAACAUUAUCAAGAAAUACAGAUGCUUCAGCUACCUGCCCGUCAGCCCAACCUUUGUAGGCUACACAUGGAAAGGCUUAGGGAAGAGCGAAAAUAGCCGGAGUUCAGAUGGAGACUCGCAGGCCACGGUAUAGCCUUAGCUGUGCCCUGUGGCCUGGCUGCAGUGAGGCGUGUACCUGUAGUUCCUUGCCGAGUAACAAGAAGUCAAAUAUAUGUUUGUAGAUCUGCAUCUGCAUCCUGUGCCCCAGAGCUAAGACAGGUUGUUGCACAUUGCUUUUCUGUCACGGGUGGUGAUUGUGUCUAAUAUGGUGUCUCACCAGGCUGCUUAUUUAAGCCCUUGACCUCUUGCCCUUUGAGAGUGUCCAUUGCUGGCCAUGGUCACUAAACUUGAAAUUCCAGCCCUUCUGUGGGAGCGGGCACCUGGGAUCAUCAGCAUUUCCCCUUUUUUCCAGUUCGCUGCCCAGUGCUAGUGUUCCUACAACGUUGCCUCCAGGGUCCAGGGCUUUUGAGACAGAAAGCCCCUGAACCCACAUUCUCUUCAUUUGACCUGAGCUUGGGCUAGGGCCACCAAUAUCCUCACAUCGUCACAGCUGCCUGUCAGGUGAUUCUGUUCCCUGCUAGUCCACGGGAGGCUGUUAACUAGCCUGGGAACAGUGACCUGGCUGCCCUGGGCCCUGAUAGGGUGUUGCAGAUCUGUGUAAGUAUUAAGUGGGACCCUGUUUAGGGGGUAAAAAGGGAAGGGAGAGGACCCCAAAGCCAAUAGGAUUCUUUUUUUUUUGAGACGGGGGUCUC